AUGUUUGCCGCAUCCGCGACGCUGGCGAUAGCGGAACGACGCGCCACGAUGAUGGAUCGGCCGGAGUCGUCCCUAAAUCUGAAGAAACAUCGCAACGUUGGCGGCGGGCUCGACACGACCACGAUGGCGGCGCUGGCAGCUAGCGGGAAAUUUAUGAUAUCGCACCUGCAACCGCACGGCCAGCUGCCCCAGCUGGUGAAACCGGUGGAUCACUAUCCUCAGCAGCAGGACGCCUACGACACCGUCGACGCCGUCCGCUACGGUCAAAAUUUGCUUCGCUUCGACCCGCCCGGUUCGAACCCGUCGUCGCAAACCGGUUACUACGCGGACUACGGCUACGGUACGGUUCCGCUCCGGGGUUCGAUCCAACCCGAGCAGCUACGCCACGCGUCGGCCGUGUCCAGUGGCCAACUGCACCCGAGCAAGGGUGAGCGGUUGAACAACUACGACUACGUGCGCGCCCGGAACACCCUGUACGGCGGUUUCCACACCGACCAGCACCAGCAACAUCGCGGCGUAGGAGGCCGGGGACUCGUUGGUGGUAUCCUGAAGAACAACAUCAGCACCUCUGGUGGCCGAACAUCGGCGGCGACGGCCCACCGCCACCCGCUGAUCUACGAUCUGAAGCAGUAUGAGUACUACAACAACGCGUGCGACACCCGCAACUACCGUGCGCCGCUUAGCGUCAAGAACACCAACAGCAUCGACCGUAACUCGUCGUACAACGUGAACUACAGCCUGAACUUUACGAAAAAUCAGUACAACAUCCUCAUCUCGCCCCCGCUCCAUCCGGACCUUGGACCGCGGGUGGCGGUGCCACCGUACGAGCAGGACCCUGCGCCACCACCUCCUUCCGCCGGGUACUGUGGCGAGCGGCCAAAGUACUACAACCAUCGGGAGGGACCACACCACGCUGGUGGAGCUUCGACCAAGGGUUACACCACCGGCCAGCAACACAACAAGCUCAACCAGAAGCAGCCACCGAGCAGCAACAACGGACCGCCGGGACUCAUACUGUCCGAGAAGCAGCUGCUUGCCCAGCAGGAGGAGUACGCAGCCGGCAAGAUGCAGCGCGAGGAGAUCAUCAUCGAACACAGCCAUCUGAUGGGUGGCGAGGGUGGGCAGCGGGGUGCCAGUAUACUUCCGGCCGGACAGGCCGGUCAGCGACGAGGGCCGGCUGCCGGUUCGACCGGUGGAAAGGGACUGGGAGCGUUCGGUGUGCUCACGCAGGCCAACCAUUUUACGCAGAUAAUCGCAGCACUGGCCGUUUCACUCGGCCCGUUGGCGGCAGGACUUGGGAAGGGUUAUUCCAGCCCGGCCAUCGACAACCUCCAGGAGCUGCAGCAUGUGAAGCGGGGCAACUACACGCACUUCUCCGUCAACGAUCAGCAGGUCAGCUGGAUCGCGAGCCUGUCCCUGCUCGGGGCCCUCUUCGGUGGCAUGUUCGGCGGACUUGCGAUGCAGUACGGCCGGAAGCGGGUGCUGACGCUCAUGUCGCUGCCCUUCUCCAUCUCGUGGGUGCUGACGAUGUUCGCCAAGUCGGUCGAGACGAUGUUCUUCACCGCGUUCGUCGGUGGGUUCUGCUGUGCGAUCGUGUCGUCGGUGGCGCAGGUGUACGUGAGCGAGAUCGCGUCGCCCGACAUCCGCGGGUUUCUCAGUGCCAUCCAGAAGAUUGCGGGCCAUUUCGGUAUGCUGAUUUCCUACCUGCUCGGGGCGUACCUCGACUGGCGCCAGCUGGCGAUGCUGAUCGCAGCGGCCCCGAUCAUGCUCUUCAUAUCUGUGAUCUAUAUACCGGAAACACCGAGCUUCCUAGUCUUAAGAGGUUGCGACGACGAAGCACACCGCUCUCUGCAAUGGCUCCGGGGGCCACACAAGAAUGUGGAGCUCGAGCUCGACACAAUCCGCUCGAACGUCCGUACGACGCGCAUGAACCUCCUCAACCGGAUGACUUCCAGUAGUUCAACGACAACGACCACGCCAGCUACCGGUGUCAAUGGUGCGGUAGGAACUGGAGCCGCCGCCGCUUCCGCAGAGAAUGGAACCGCCCACACCCUUCCCAUGCCCGGGGAGCCACGCCGAGGUUUCCGGUACUAUCUAGAGAUGGUAUCGUUCGAGGCGCUCGUUUCGAACGUCAAGUCAGUCCUGCGUAACGCUCGCCUAGUCAAACCGAUCCUCAUCACCUGUGGGCUGAUGAUUUUCCAGCGUUUCACUGGCGCCAGUUCGUUCAACUUCUACGCCGUCACCAUCUUCCGGAAGACGUUCGCUGGUAUGAACCCUCACGGGGCGGCCAUCGCUGUCGGGUUCGUACAGCUGCUCGCGUCCAUGUUGUCCGGUUUGCUGAUCGACACGGUCGGUCGCAUUCCACUGCUGAUCGUCAGUAGCAUCUUCAUGUCGCUAGCUCUGGCCGGCUUCGGCUCGUGCGUGUACUAUGGUGAGGCGAACAAGCUGCUCGCGGAUGUGAGUGAAGUGUCCGGCCAGAACGACUGGAUACCGCUACUGUGUGUGCUCGUCUUCACGGUAGCGUUUGCGCUCGGCAUUUCACCGAUCUCCUGGCUACUGGUCGGAGAACUUUUUCCACUGGAGUACCGGGCCAUCGGUAGCUCCAUCGCCACAAGCUUCAGCUAUUUCUGUGCGUUUCUUAGCGUCAAGACGUUCGUGGACUUCCAGUACUACCUCGGGCUUCACGGGACGUUCUGGCUGUACGCGUGCAUAUCCUGCGUAGGCCUGUUCUUCGUCAUCAUGGUCGUACCGGAGACCCGUGGCCGCGACCUGGAGGAGAUGGACCCGCGCUACGUGCGAACGCUGACGAUCAAUCGAUGA